AGUAGAAUAUAUAACCUCAAAUUUUCAUGUGAAUCGAAAUAAAUAAAAAAAAGUAAACAAAAUUUUGGGAGUUCAAUCAAUUCAAGAUUUUAGAAAAAUGAGUACUAUUACUCAAACCAAAACUAAAGAAAAACCUAAUUUAAAAAACAAAGAAUCAGAUUUGCAGAAAAUCACCGCUUCCAAGAAUUUAGAUGAAGUAUUAGAAAAUGUUAAAAAGUUAGACAAUUCUUGUUCAUAUACAAAGUGUAAAACAAGCAUCGCCAAUUUCGCAAUCGAUUGUAAAUAUUGCAAAGGCAGGUUCUGCCCCACUCACAGUCUUCCUGAAAUCCACGGAUGCGGAGAAGCGGUUCGUAAAGAUGAGAAAGAGAAAUUCAAUCAUCCAUACAAAAAGCUGGAUCAAGAAAACCAUCAGAAAGCACAGACCAAACUCACCAUGAAACUGAAGCAAUUGCAGCUGGAAAGGAAAGCAAAACCAGGAAAUUCAAGCAAGGGCAAGAAAAAGUGAAGUGGGAUUUCUUUCACAAUUACCAAUGUGUAAAUCAAGAGGUCUUUUUUUGAGUAAGUUAUUUAUUUGUUAAAAAUAAUAAAUCUGUUGCAAAAUAA